AUGCUCGAAGCGCCUCCUGCAUCUGAGGUCGGUGCAAAUCCUCCAGCUACCUACGCAUGCUGCCAGAUUGAAUGGCCGAACUUGCUUGCGCUUCUGAAGCAUGUUGACUCAGAGCAUAAGGAGCACGAUGGUGCUCAUGCGAGUCCAGUUCGAGGACGUUCAGGAACCGCUCGAUCUCGCGCGAUCGCGAUCAAGGCUCCAGAGUCUAGCCGACCAGCUCAGCAGCUGCCAGUCACGAAUGAGGCGGACUCCAAGAAGUCAGCCCAAAUCCCAGCACCCUGGCAGCCUUAUGCCAUCAGCAGUCUGCCGCCACUUCCAGGAAGCAUUCCUGCCCACGAGCAGACCUUCUCCUUCUCCUUUCUGCAGGACCUCUUCGGCGGCAAGGUCUGGUCGCCAGGUUUCUACUACGUCUCAAGCGAGCAAUGUUAUCUUCCUUCCAAAGCAUACUGGAUUCUUGAGACCGAGAACGAGCCGUUCCUCCCCACUGCACCAGGACAGCAUGGCGCCAAACUCACUGCUUUCUUCAACGAGACACUUGUUGACGAAGGCAUGGGACCAGGCGUGGAAAAUUACCAGAACACACCUGUCUUCAUCCGCCAGCAAGGAGAGAGUGGAUAUCGAUACUUCGGCAUGUACAGCCAGCCGCGGUAUUCUGAUAAGCUCAGCCACGACACGAUGAUGCAGCAUGUGCCCGAGAAGGUUCGUCUCGCCUUGGCUGAACAGCUUGCGGAGAGUGGUCGACCAGCAUGGGUCACUCAAGCGUUGAGGAAAGCCAUGUUCCCACGUCCAGAGUAUGAUGGUCGUAUUCCAACUGACUCCGCCUGCAACACUCCGGGAACCACAGAAGAAGCGUCGACUUCUACAGCUGCUGCCCUGGAGCGAGGUGUGCGUAAGGACCUCGAAGCAUAUGCAGAGGACCUGAAGACUUGGGAGAAGCAGUCGCGCAUGAAGGUCAAGAUGCUCACCAAGGAGACCAUCAUGGAUGCGUUCCAGAAAGAGGACACAGCCGAGACUCCAGGUCUGCGUCUCUGGUGGGAAUACUUUCAGUGUGUUGAAUACGACUCCGGGUUCUACAAGAUGCUGGUCGACCUG